AUGAGUCUAGCUGCUUCUUGCGUAUCGUUAGCGUCCCUUCCAACUACGGGAUGGAUUGUGCAAAAAUUUGGUGGUACAUCUGUGGGAAAAUUUCCAGAGGCCAUAUGUGAUGAAAUAGUUGGACCCCAUCUAGAGUCCAAUAAAGUGGCCAUUGUUUGUAGUGCCAGGUCGUCGAAAACCAAAUCCGAGGGAACCACAAGUCGUCUUUUACGUGCGGCAGAGUUAUCUUCCGAGGUGAGUGAUGAUGAAGACCAAGAAGAUGACGAUUUCUUGGCCAACCAAGCUUUCCAGAAAACUCUUGAUCUCGUGCAAAACGAUCACGUGGCGAAUGCAAAGAAACGGAUACAUAACCCUGACAUUCAACGCAAAUUGAUACGGGACACAGAAUUGGAGAUUCAUGAAGUGCGCCGAUUGCUCCAGGCAUGCUGUGUGAUUGGCGAGAUCCCCGAUAAGACCAGCGAUAUAGUUAUGGCUUGUGGAGAGAAGUUGAGCUGUCUUUUCAUGUGUGCUUUACUACAGGAUAGAGGUAUUGCUGCUCAAUAUGUUGACUUGAGCAACAGUGUGGCGACGUUUAUCGAUGAACUUGGACUGGACGAUGAUGAAAAUAACAAGGGACAAGGAUUGAAUGAAUUGAAGCCACAGUUCUACAGAAUGCUUUCUUCGGCUAUUGCUGAGGCAGUUUAUGAGAUACCCGAAGGAGUGGUACCUGUUUUGACAGGAUUCUUUGGACCUGUUCCUGGAGGAUUAUUGAAUUCUGUAGGAAGAGGAUAUACAGAUCUUUGCGCCGCACUUUGUGCUGUUGGAUUAUAUGCCGACGAACUCCAGAUCUGGAAAGAAGUGGAUGGUAUUUUUACGGCAGAUCCUAGAAAGGUUAACAAGGCCCGAUUAUUGAGGUCUGUGACACCCGAGGAAGCGGCAGAGUUGACUUAUUAUGGUUCCGAGGUGAUUCAUCCGUUUACUAUGGAACAAGUAAUUAAGGCUAAGAUCCCAAUUCGAAUCAAGAACGUUAUGAACCCUUCGGGAGAAGGUACGGUUAUUUAUCCGGACAAUAUCGGUAAGAAAGGAGAAGCUACUCCUCCUCAUCCACCUAUCUCGGCGGAAAGGUUACCUAAUUCGUUAUUUAGCAGACCAAAAACGGCCACUGCUAUUACUGCGAAGUCCAAUAUUGCAGUCUUGAACAUCCACUCUAAUAAAAAGACAUUGUCGCAUGGCUUUUUGGCCAACGUGUUCAAGAUUUUGGAUAAGAAUAAGUUGGUGGUUGAUUUGAUAUCGACUUCAGAAGUUCAUGUUUCUAUGGCUAUGAACUACUCGAAAGAACGCAGAAAAAGCUUGUUACUUGCCAUUGAUCAACUAAAGAAGUAUGGAGAGUGCGAUGUGACUACAGGCCUCUCAAUCGUGUCAUUAGUGGGAAUCCAUAUGAAGCAGUUGAUUGGCAUAGCCGGCGCUAUGUUUAAGACACUGGCAGAUGAGAAAAUUAAUAUAGAGAUGAUCUCUCAGGGAGCCAAUGAGAUUAAUAUCUCCUGUGUGAUCGAUGAGAAGAAUGUCAUUAAAGCAUUGAAUGCAUUGCAUGACAACUUGUUGUUGAAGCCGGUUCAAACAGGAGUGGGUGCAUUGGAUCAGAGGAUCAGUGAGUUGAGGCUGAGCGAGUAA